UUCUUUCUGAAGAAAAUUUGUCAACAUGGCAGAGGCAAUGAGAGCAUCAGUGGGCCAACUGUUGAAGGGAAUUGAUAGGUACAAUCCUGAAAACCUAGCCACAUUAGAGCGUUAUGUAGAGAUGCAAGUCAGAGAAAACACAUAUGAUUUAGAGGCCAAUCUAGCUAUAUUAAAAUUGUAUCAAUUCAACCCAUCAUAUUUCCAGACCCAUAUAACAUGUUUUAUUUUAUUAAAAGCCCUGACCAAUCUGCCACAUACAGAUUUUAUUCUGUGUAAAUGUUUAAUUGAUACAAUACAUUUAGAAGAUGAACAAAUAAAACGAGUCAUGAAAGUUGCUGAUAAUUUAGAAAUGUGUCAAUUUAUUGAACUAUGGAAAUAUGUGUCUAUUGAGUCAGAUAUUAUAACUGGUAUAGUAGGGUUUGAAGAUUCAAUCAGAAAGUUUAUUUGUCAUGUUGUAUCGGCUACCUUUCAAACAGUGGAGAAAAAUUAUUUACAACAAUUACUGGGGGGAGUUAACGAUAUUCAGUUAAGUCAGUGGAUAAAUAAAUAUGGCUGGUCAUUACAAUCUAAUGGUGUUGUUUUUGUCAACUCCCAAGAUGAUGCAGUAAAAACUAAAAAUAUACGAGAAAAAAUUACUUUUGACAGUGUAGCAGCAAUCAUGGCCACAUCACGAUAAUGAAAUAAAAAGAAGAAAAAUCAAAAUUGAAAAACAAGGGAAAUAAUAAAAUAAAAGAAAUCUCAAACAUAUUUAUUGUUAGUUUUACAAUCACACGUACCAUUCAUUUCUGCAAAGGGUUUCCAUCUGUAAAAUACUCCUCAUGUACUGUUUGAUGCAUACUUUUAAAUUGUAUCUGUCUGAAAUGCAUACGGAUACAAUAAGACAGAAGCUUUGCCAUAAUGUAUCAAAAGAUACAGUGUAGGUAUAUCAAGUAUUUUCUAUGAUUUUACAACUUCUAACCACUGUUUUAAUAUUUAACCAUUGUUCUCUUGUUAAAUGUUCUUUACCAGCACUGAUGUAUCCAUCAUCUUCUGAAAUGAAAAAGACAAUUUAAAAAAGGACAGUAGAAGGCAAGCGAUGAUCUUUAAGAAUAUAGAUUAGUUUUCUAUGUAAGCAAAUUGAUCGCAACAAUUAAACUUUCCAA